UGACUGAAAAUUUUAAAUUAUUGAUACUACACUGACCGAAAAGAAAAUAAGCAGAAAUAUUCAAAUAUGAAGCUGUUAGUUUUCUUGGUACUUGGAGCAGUUAUUGCGGAGGCAGCAGCGACUCGAGAGGCUACUAAACUGCUGGGUGGUGGGCUGCAGUCGUUCGGGCAGGCAGCAGAACAGGCCAAGGGUCAGAUGACCGACAACUUUCCCCGAAGUGUUGAGGACUUCUCCCAGUUCACUGACAAGUCUAAACAGAGUCAGCGUCACUUCACGCGUGCCGAGGUGUCGCGCUGCGCCGGCCGCGGCCGCUCUUGUCUCUACAUCAUCUACAACAAGCUCGUGCUGGACCUCACCGACUUCGCCAAGUUCCACCCGGGCGGGUCGGGCUUGCUGAGCCGGUACGCGGGAAGCGACGCGACGGCCGCCAUGCGCGCCACCGGCAUGCCGCCCGCCGUCUUCGACACCUUGCUGCAGAGGUUCGUCAUCGGCACACUUGUGCAGGACUGAUGCGGUCGCUGAAAAUACCUGAAAACUGUCGAUGAUCACGGAUGAAUGAUUAUGUGUUUUAAAAGGACUUGUAUUUCUGUUAAUACAGGGAAAGUGUUUAUGUAUUGUUAUGUAAUGUUGAUAAUUUUGGUAAGGUUUUGAGAUUGGUAAAAAAUUAAAUGAAGUAUUCUGGAAUUGAGCCUUUACUUAAAUGUAAAUUGAGUUCCUUAGCAUGUGGUGGUGUGUAAAUAGUUUUAUAAAAUUAUAGCAUAACUCAUUGCGGAUGCAUAGUAAGAGAGAUGGCGCUCUUUGCCGUGUAUUGCGCUGUCAUGCUUCCACAACCAUAAUAAUAUUACUAUAUGACGUGUCUGAUUAUAUUGUGAGUUUGGUAUUUGUAAAUUUUGGCCAGGAGUAAAUAAAUAAAAUUAAAUCUUACUGUU